GUGUAUAAAUACUGGGAGAAAAGCCACGAUGAAUCAAGUGAUUCUGGAGAGUAACCAAGAUGGCGUCUUCUACAUUCGUUUUCAUGUGCUUGGCUCUAGGAGUGGUCGUUGUAAGGGGACAAACAGGCCCCUCCCCCACGGCGGUGCCCUCAGACAAGCUGCUCCGGUUCCUGCACAUCGUGAGCGGGUACCAGUCGGGGGAGAAGCAGGUGGCCCAGGACAAGAAGAAGAACGUCCCCAACCCCCACCCCCUUGCUGAGAGCUACGCCAUCCCCGUGUAUGUUCCAGUUCUAGGCGAGAUCCCCGCCUUCUAUAUGGAAGAGUUCAUCAACAAAGUCUCUAUUCGCCGUUACAUCACGACCGUCAUCGAAAACCAAGAUGGCAACCUCAUUGUGACACCUUACAACAUCACCGUUGAUGUCAAACUACAGAAAAAUGGAGUCUUGGAUACAAACGUAAUCCUUAACCUCAAGAAGGAGGACCUGAGCGACAGCGGCAGGAACUGUGAUGGCAUUUACUACGAGGUUUCCAAAAACGAGUUCAUCGGCCUCUUCCCCGACUGUUCCCAGAGCCUUGAGGCGAAUAACCCCAAAUACUUUGGAUACUCCAACUGCCACUACUCAGUCGGCAUUGUGGCCCACCCUGGAGCUAAGGAGGGCGUCCACCCUGUUCCUUUCGAGCUGAACAAAAUCAGGAAACCACUCCUCCCUUACAUGAUGAAAGGCAACGAGAAGUUCAAAUCCUCUUGUGGACCCACACCACGUGAUAGGGUCAUCCAAUGGCCGUCUGCCUAAAUUUGGUGUAUGGUUCAACACUAACUAAAAUUGUCAGAAUUUCGUGAAUUAAAAGGAAAUAAAACAUA